UGACGGUGUCUUGCACAUUUUGCCAAGUGGCAGCAUUAUUUUUGUUCAGUGGACUGCCCGUCCUGUCCACCGCCCCUCACCCUGCUGCUUCCCCAGGAUCUGGACUUGCUUUAGCUACUUUUGGAAUUAGCACACCUUUUCUCUGAUUUUCAACUAUUGAGGAUUGGUGAAUCCUUAGUUGUGAGCUGGUUAAGUAAAGAACAGUCAACAUAUCAGUUGGCGGAGUGGCCCUCAGGAUGCAAGGAUCAGUACAAGUAACACAGAAGCUGCAGCAGCGGCAGGAACUGCGGCAGGAACAGCAGCAGCAUCACUUUGAGAGCAGCUUUCACCUGAGCUCCAAGUCGUCUGUUAGCCAACAAUCGUUCGCCGCUUACAAGACCAGCAGCCGUCGCCUGCAGACCACUGUGAAGACAGAGAAGGGGCAGGAGGUGGUUAAACUGAGCCCGCUACCUAAGAGAGCCAAACGCACCUACCUUGCAAUGGACACGGACAAGGAAGUUAUCGGCUAUGUCAUUCCUAUAUUUAGAGCCAAUCAUGAAUCUAUUCGCGGUCUGAUUGAGUCCCACGAGGAGGAUGUCACAGAGGAGGGGAUUAACUACGUGGCCAUGAGGAACCUGUUUGUCAGGGAGGCCAGGGAGGCUAGGGAGGUCAAAGUGGAGAAGAAAACCAGAACCACGCAUAUCAGGGAAGUUGCCGGACGCGUGGAAAUGGGCAAGACUAUGGAGGAGUGGUCAGAGUUCCGUAAGAAAAUGAACCCAGACAGCCUGACACACCUUCCAGAGUUUAUCGUCAAGCCCCGUGGACAAACUGUCUGGGAGGGGAAGACCGUGAAGCUGCACUGCACUGUGGCUGGAUGGCCCAAACCCAGGAUUGCCUGGUACAAAAACAAUGUGCUCAUCGAUGCCAAGGCCAACCCCGAGAAGUACACAGUGGAGAGCAGUUACAACAUGCACUCCCUGGAGAUCAAGAACUGCGAUUUCCUUGACACUGCUCAGUAUUACGUCUCUGCCCUCAAUGUGAAAGGAGAAGCUUCCUCUUUGGCUACUAUUGUUGUCAAAAGGUUCCAGGAGGGUGCAGAAGCAGGCCCACUCGAUCCGAAGCCACAUGGUUUCUGCGCUGAGCACGGUGUCACCUUUAAAACCACCAUCAUUGAUCAUUUCGAAGUGGCCUUUGGCCGUGAAGGCGAGACUAUGAGUCUUGGCUGCACUGUCAUUGUUUAUCCCACUGUAAAAAAAUACCAGCCGGAGGUCGUGUGGUACAGAGACUCUGUCCCAUUGAAGCCCUCUAAAUGGGUCCACACCCACUGGUCUGGGGAGCGUGCCACAAUCACACUUGUCCACCUCAACAAGGAAGACGAGGGCAUGUAUACCGUUCGUGUCAACACCAAAUCUGGCUUUGACACCUACUCUGCUUAUGUGUUUGUGAGAGAUGCUGAUGUGGAGGUGGAGGGGCUUCCCGUGGCUCCCCUGGAUGUGCGCUGUCAUGAUGCCAACAAGGACUAUGUGGUGGUGACCUGGAAGCAGCCAGCGGUGGAGGGCAGCAGCUCCAUCCUGGGAUACUACAUCGACAGGUGCGAGGUGGGCACUCACCACUGGGCUCAGUGUAAUGACGCCCCGGUGAAGUACGCCCGCUUCCCCGUCACAGGUCUGGUGGAGGGCCGUUCCUACGUCUUCAGAGUGCGCGCCCUGAACAAGGCAGGAGUCAGCAGUUCAUCCCGUGUCUCCGAGGCGGUGGUUGCCAUGGAUCACUCAGACAGAGCCCGCCUCAGAGCUGGCCCCUCAGCCCCUUGGACUGGGAUUAUCAAGUUCACAGAGGAGGAUACCACCGUGGGCGUUGUCCCCGGGGAACCCUCUGAUGUUGUGGUUACUGAGGCGACCAAGAGCUACGUGGUGCUCGCCUGGAAGCCUCCGAUGCAGCGCGGUCAUGAAGGAGUCAUGUAUUUCAUCGAGAAGUGUGUUUCUGGGUCAGACGCCUGGCAGAGGGUGAACACCGGCAUGCCCGUCAAGUCUCCUCGCUUCGCCCUGUUCGACCUGGCAGAGGGGAAAUCCUACAGCUUCCGUGUUCGCUCCUGUAACUCCGCUGGUGUGAGCGAGCCCUCUGAAUCCACAGGAGACAUCACAGUCGGAGAUAAACUGGACCUGCCCUCAGCUCCUGGCAAUCCAGUGGCCACCAGGAACACCAACACCUCCGUGGUAGUCUUCUGGGCUGCCUCUAAGGAUGUCAAACACCUGGCCGGCUACUACAUUGAAUACAGUGCGGUGGGCACCGAUGAAUGGAUACCUUGCAACAACAAACCUGUCAGGAAGACCAGGUUUGUGUGCCACGGCCUGACUACCGGGACAAACAUUGUGUUUAGAGUGAAGGCAGUGAACGCUGCAGGAUACAGCCUGAGCUCUGCCAACUCUGAAGCUGUGGUUGUGCAAGCUGCCAUCGCCAUCUCUGGAAGCCCCACUGCUGUGACCCGUGAGGCUGUGAAGGAUUACAUGACGCUGGCCUGGACUGAGCCUGCUUUCAAUGGAGGAGCCGAUAUCCGGGGAUAUUUUGUGGACCACAGGACCGUGAAGGGAGGCGUUGUUGGAAAAUGGCAUGAGAUGAACCACAAGGCACUGACUACUACCUCCUAUAAAGCUGAGAACCUGAAGGAGAACGUCUUCUACCAGUUCCAGGUGCGCGCUAUGAACAUGGCAGGUGUGAGUAAAGCCUCUCAUCCCAGCUCAGCCAUAGAGUGCAAGGAGUGGACCAUUACUGUGCCAGGUGCUCCUGUGGGUCUUCAUGCGCUGGAGGUCCGUGACACCUCGGCCGUGGUCCUGUGGGAGCCGCCUGCAUUCAGUGGCCGCACUGCUGUCAAUGGAUACUAUCUGGACCUGAAGCUGGCCUCUGCUGGAGAGGGAGGCUGGAAGGCUGCUCACGAGAAGGCCAACAAGGGGAAAUACAUGAAGGUGACAGGGUUGAAGGCGGGUGCUUCCUACGUCUUCCGUGUGCGUGCUCAAAAUCUGGCCGGCGUCGGAAAGUCCUCAGCAGCUUUAGGUCCAAUCCUGUCCCAGACUCGCCCUGGCACCAAUGAGAUUUAUGUGGAUGUGGAUGAUGAUGGUGUGAUCUCUAUGCUCUUUGAGUGCUCUGAGAUGAAGGAGGGCUCUGAGUUUGUUUGGUCCAAGAACUACAAGACUAUGUCAGAUACCUCUCGCCUUACUGUUGUCACUGAAGGGAGCAAGUCCAGAGCCAUCUUCAACAGUCCCUCCCUGGAGGAUCUGGGCACCUUCUCCUGCGUUGUCACCAACACUGAAGGUUUCUCCUCCAGCUACACUCUCACUGAGGAGGCUCUCAAACGUCUUCUGGAUAUCAGCCAUGACCACAAGUUCCCAGUUAUUCCCUUCAAGAGUGAAAUGGCCAUGGAUCUGCUCGAGAAGGGUUGCGUGCGUUUCUGGACUCAGGUGGAGAAAUGCUCCUCCGCGUGCUCUGUGGAGUAUGUCUUCAAUGAUGCCAUCAUUACUGACAACAAGAAAUACACAGUGAACUUUGACAAGUCCACCGGCAUCAUUGAAAUGUUCAUGGACUCUCUGGAGGUCACUGACGAGGGAACGUUCACCUUCAACCUGGUGGACGGCAAAGCUAAGGGGACUACCAGUCUGGUGCUCAUUGGAGAUGAAUUCAGGGAGCUUCAGAAGAAAUCCGAGUUUGAGAGGGCAGAAUGGGUCAGGAAACAAGGUCCUCACUUUGUCGAGUAUCUUGGCUUUACUGUUACUGAAGAAUGCAAUGUGCUGUUGAAAUGCAAGAUAGGAAAUGUCAAACCAGAGACUGAGAUCACCUGGUCCAAGGACAAAAUUGAGAUUGCAGAGGAUGAUGAGGACGCUGUGAAAAUCGAGAGACAGGACGGUCAUCUGAUCUUUAAUAUCGGAAAGUGGGUUAUUAAGCAGGAGAAACCGAAAGGAAAAGAAGGAAAAAAGGCAACUGCAGAGGACGUGCCGCCACCGCCAAGAGCCAAAAUUUCCAAGGCGGACGCAGGUAUUUACGAUGUGGUCCUGAGAGACGAAAGAGGCAAAGAUAAGAGCAACUUCAAUCUGACAGAUGCAGGAUACCAGGCUGUAAUGAACGAGCUGUUCAGGGUUAUUGCGACCUCCUCUUCUGAAAUCAAAAUCGUCAGUACUGAACACGGCAUCAUCCUCUCCUCCUCGGUCACGUAUUACAAUGACGAACUGCGUGUUGGAUGGCUUCAUAAAGAUUCUAAGAUUGCCGCCUCAGAGAGAGUUAAGUCUGGAGUCACAGGAGAGGAGCUUUGGCUUAAAAUCAAUGAGCCCACUGAGAAGGACAAGGGCAAAUACACCAUGGACAUCUUUGAUGGCAAGGAUGGUGUAAAGAGAGUCUUUGAUCUGAGUGGAAAGGCAUGGGAAGAGGCAUUUGAAGAAUUCCAGAGGCUCAAGGCGGCAGCAAUCGCAGAGAGAAAUCGCGCUCGUGUUGUUGGAGGCUUGCCAGAUGUGGUUGCGAUCCAAGAGGGCAAGUCCCUGAACCUGACUGGCAAUGUCUGGGGCGAGCCCGUACCUGAGGUCAGCUGGACGAAGAACGACAAGGAGCUGCUGUCUGAUGAGCGCUACCAGCUCAAGUUCGAGCACGGCAAAUUUGCAAGCAUCACGAUCUCCUCCGUCACUACGGCUGACUCUGGCAAAUAUGCUCUCCUGGUGAAGAACAAGUACGGAAAAGAGGCUGGAGAGUUCACCGUCAGCGUGUACAACCAAGAGGAAGAGGAGAAGAAAGGCUAAAGGAUGAUGCAGUUUAAUGAAAUAAAGCAGAAAAAAGAGGAACGAUUGGGCUUUCUCCAAAGCAUUUUACCCCGGCACAUGCCGGUGCACUGAGCAGUUUUAAAUAAAUGAUUCAUACAGCUGCUUCCUCCUGUGUCUUUCAUGUGCUGGGCUAAAGAGCUUUGGGCAUUGCUUAUUGAGGAAGCAAACAAUGGAUGUGAUACAGAGGGGAUAAUUGUGUGCUUUUAGUUGCUAACUAGUUUUCUGUCACUUGUGAGCCUUUCAGCAGUAAGUGUUAUGUGUAAUCUUGGGAGAAUGUUGACAUGUUAUUAAUCCUUGUUUUAGCAAUAAAGGCCAGCAAAAGCACGACACAGUUUUCUUACGGUUUUACAUUUGGAAAACCUUUGACCUCUGAAUCCAACUCAUGCCUGAGGUGUAUACACUGUAAAAAAAAUAAAGGAAAACACUGAUGUCAUGAA